GAAGGCAUCCAACAUACUUGAAUAUCUGGCUCUCCCUUCAGUUGAAGAAAUCAACUGUGUCCCACACUGUGAUCUGAGAAUGCAAGUGCCAAGUAUGGAGGCACGAAAUCAAAGCAAGCUGACAGAAUUCAUCAUCCUCGGCUUUAAAAAUCUCCAGGAGGAACAUUUCUUAUUCUUCAGUGGCUUUUUAAUUAUCUAUGCAUUUACUGUGUUGUGGAAUACUUUCAUCAUUAUCUUAACCAUGAUUGACCAGACACUCAGAACCCCUAUGUAUUUCUUCCUUGGCAACCUCUCUUUUCUUGACAUCUGCUACACAACCACCACAAUUCCCCAGAUGUUGGCCCACCUUCUCUCAGAGAAAAGUAGCAUCUCCUAUUUGGGCUGUGUAUUCCAACUGUAUUUUUUCUUCUCCUUUGUGGGGACAGAAUGCCUUCUUCUGGCAGUGAUGGCAUUUGACCGCUAUAUUGCCAUCUGCAAACCUCUGCGUUACUCUUUGAUCAUCAGCAGAAAUGUUUGCCUCCAACUAGCCACAGUCAGUUGGGUUGGUGGUUUCCUCAACUCUGCAGUGCACACUGUCUUUGCUUUUCAACUGCCUUUCUGUGGGAACAAUCACCUUGAUUCUUUUUACUGUGACAUUCCCCCUUUGCUGAAGUUGUCGUGUGGUGACAUUUCCCUCAACCAAAUGCUGUUGCUAUUCAUUGGCUUGUUCAUAGCAUGGACACCCCUUUUCUGUAUAAUUGUAUCUUACAUUUUCAUCAUUUCAACAGUUCUAAAGAUUCAGUCCACAGAAGGAAGACAAAAGGCUUUCUCUACUUGCUCCUCUCAUCUCACUGUUGUACUUCUGUAUUAUGGCAGUUGUAUUUUCACCUAUUUGAGACCCAUUCCCACUGGGUCAUCAGUUAAUACCAAACUCAUCCCUCUCAUGUAUAGCAUUCUGACUCCAUUGCUAAACCCUAUUAUAUACACUUUGCGCAAUAAGGAUGUAAAGAAAACCUGGCAAAGGUUUACUUGUCUGUGGCAGGCACAAAUGGUUUGA